GCUCAGGUGGUAGAGCGGGUUGCCUCAUGAUCGGAGGGUCAUGGGUUUGAUUCCAGCUCCCGCCAGGGGUAUCCUGCUGUUGUGUCCUUGGGCAAGACACUUCACUCAACUUGCCUGUGUUGGUGGUGGUCAGAGGGGCCGACGGCACCAAAUGGCAGCUUCGCCUCUGUCAGACCGCCCCAGGGCAGCUGUGGCUACAAGUAGCUUACUAUCACUAGCAGUGUGUGAAUGUGAGUGUGUGAAAGCGUCUUGAAAAGCGCUAUAUAAGUUCAAUGCAUUAUUAUUAUUAUUAUUUGAACAUAAAACAAAAUAUUUUUUAAAUCAAUGAACAGAGACAGAUGACUUGAUUAUGACUUGAAAUUUCUGGAAAUGACUGGAAAGACUUGUGACUUACUCGUGACUUGCAAAGCAGUGACUUGGUCACACCUCUGAUUUUAGUUUUGUGCAUCCUUUCUGGAAACCGGGAAUCGGAAACAAGGGUUUCGAAUCCAAAACACUUCCAUCUGGGAGCUGAUCAGCUGCGCAUGCGCACUCGAACACCACUAGUGUGCGUUGAAAUCAUGGCGGAUGCGAUGCAAACCGAUGAUUUUCCAUACUUACCUACAGGGCUGGCUGAGGUAAAUAAGAUGAUAAAAGAGCAUGGUGACCUGUUUUCUGACUCCAAGUGCAAUGUCUGCAAUGCUGCCCUAAUUUCUGAAUCUCAGAAGUUGACUCAUUAUCAGAGCAAGAAACAUGCCAACAAGGUGCGGCGUUACAUUUCCCUUCAGAAUGAGAAAGAGGACAGUGGCAGUCCAACUAAGAAGCAAAAGACAUCUGACAAUGAUUGCAACAACGGGGACACGGAUCGGUUUAAGGCAUGUCAUUUAUGUACAAUGACUUUCACAUCUUCAGUAAUGGCCGAGUCUCACUAUCAAGGAAAAACUCACGCCAAGAGGCUGAGAAUGCAAAUGGCUGAAACUCAAACUCCAGAGGCAUCUCAGGCAGCACAGCCGAAGGAGAAACCUGUUGACAAGUCGAGCGAGGUCACCAACACAGACAACAACAACAACCCGGACCGCUUCUGCUCUAUCUGCAAGGCCUCCUUCAACAACCCGCUCAUGGCCCAGCAGCACUAUGUGGGCAAGAAGCAUAAAAAACAAAUGACUCGGCUUAAACUGAUUGAGACAUACGGACCCUCCACCGCACCAGCUUCGACGCUAAACGGCUACCCGUGCACCAUCUGUAACAUCGUGCUGAACUCUGUGGAGCAGUACCAGUCUCACAUCAGUGGGGCUCGGCACAAGAACCAAGCAAAGAAAUCAUUCGUGAAGACCUCAGAGAACCAGCAACCAGCAGAACAAUCACAAGGUGAUGAGAACCAGUUCAUGCCUGUGGAGGACCAGUACACUGCUGCAGAUGAGCAGUAUGCAGCAGAAGAAGACCAGUAUGCACCAGAGGAUUCCCAGUAUGGAGCUGAAGAAGGCCAGUUUGAAAGCAACGACCAGUACGCUCCAGAGUACACCGAGUUUUCAGAGCAGUUCCAGUACACUUGAGGCUGGACCAGAUUGGACUACAGAGGCUUGAGUCAGGACUUGGCUCGGCUCUCUCCAACCAGCCCCCCUUUAACACAUUAAUGAUUCAUCAGCACUCAUCUACCUUCAGCUCCUGUCUGACUCUCCUCAGUGUAGCCGUCAUGUACACCUGGACCCUGGAGCAUCUCCUCAGUUUGCAGCUGAACUUUUUGGCUUGUGUUUUAUUUUUCUUUAAAGAAGCAAGCUUUGUAAUCAGUGAAAUACAGAUGUUAGUAGAGGUCCAGUGGUGAUGCAGCUGCACGCUCAAAGGAAUGCCUGUUUGGCUUUGCUUCUGUUCUGAACCAACACAGCGAUGGGUGUACACCAAGGCUGGGUUAUGUGAAGUAUUACAACAAUUAGACAAAUUAAUAUCUUCCUUCAGUAGAGAAAAGAUCAUCCAUUCCCCUCCAAAUCUAAAAACGGAAACACAUUUCUGUAAGUUUGCUAAAUGACAACUGGUUCAAACUAAAUUUUGUCUAGUUUUUAAAAAAUAUUUUAGCAGACAGAAAAACUAAACAUGCUUAGAUCAUGCUUGUAAAAAGUAAAAGCUGGACCUAUUACACCUCAAAAGUUCUAUUAAGAUUAUCAAAAUCUAUUUUGCUUUUGGCCCAGCUUCGCCUAGCCAUUAGCUUAUCAGUCUGGCUAUUGGUAAUCUCUAUUUCCCCAAACAGAUGCUGUUCAUAUUUAUAUUUGUAACUGUUUUACAAAAACUCACAAUUUGAACUAUUGCUUUAAAGACAAUGCCCCUUUUGCUCUGUAUCCCGGCGCAGGAUUUUCCAACUUUUUAAUGGACCUCAAACUCAUCAUAUAACGAAAGCAGAGACAACCUUUCUAUUUGAAUGUCAGCAGUUGCUUUGAUGUUUAGUCACAGCGUAGUUCCUCAAACAUUUCUCCUGUAGCUCUGUUUCUCCAUCUUUCCCAGCCACAGUACGCUGCUUUUCUUUGGCCACAACUUUCGCAUGGAAACGAUUAGAAAAGAGGACGUGCACCGAUUUUAUCCUGAGAACAAAUGAGUCGAUCUAAACCAGGAGGGUGCUUUAGCUGGUUUCCUGUCUCCCAGUCAAAGCGAGGCUAUCUGCCAACACAUCUGACCCACUUUGUUGAAUUUAACCUUCAUAGGUGAAUUUCUCCUCUGUUUACAUUUUUUCUUUUGGAAUGAAAUAUAGAAAUGUUUCCUGGUUCUGCAAACAGUCAGACACUAGAAGAUCGGAUAUGUUUUUGGUUUGUACGCUCCGGUUUGCUUUUUUUGCUGUCAUCUACAGAUUUUUACUGUAAACCCUUCUAAUGUUCAUGCCAUCCCUAAAAUCCUCUCGGUAAGUUGAGUUUAAACUAGAUUGUGUGAUGCUUCCAUCUCCAGAUCUUUACAAAAUGUUGUUUGGUCAUUUGUUUUUAUUAAUGGUGUUUUUUUUUUUUUUUUUUUUUGCAGAAGAAAAAUAGGAUUUGUGAUGGGAAAGGAGCUGAACCUCCUGGCAUGAGUUUUUUUAUUUUAUUUUUUUUUACCUCUGAAUAGAAAAAAAUUUAUUUUCCCAAUUUUUAUUCUCUUCAAUUUCCUGAGCUGCUGUCAGUCGUCAAGGUCACAUUAUUUGCCACACAGUGGAAAGAAACAGUGAUGUCAAAGCAUAUAACAGUUUUUUAAGUUUUGAAAAAGAGAUUUCUGUCAAAAUAACGUCUUUUUUAAGAGCGAUUUUUACACAGGGUUGGAGCAGCGUGCUGUAUAGCUCAUCUAGGAAUCAAAUGACGUUUUUGUUCUCCCCAUUGUGUGUUUGAUGUUUUGUGAUCAAUUAUUUACUUUCGAUAUAGGUUGUUUUAAAAAAAUCCUGCAAAGAUGUGCAUAAACUGGAAACUUGGUUUAAAGCAUCAUUUUGUUCUUUUGUUAAAAAUGGAGUCAUGUUCAGAAAGUGAAAUAAAAAUUUCCGUGUGAACAA